AUGGCUGAUAGAAGUGCUGCUGAGAGGGCUUGCAAAGACGCAAAUCCAAUCAUUGACGGCAGGAAAGCUAAUGUGAAUCUUGCAUAUCUGGGAGCAAAGCCACAAAUAAUGAAGCCAGGUUUUGCCUUUGGAGUACAACAAAUUCACCCAGCACUUAUCCAAAGGCCUUUUGGAAUUCCUGGACAUUACGUUUAUCCACAUGCGUUUGUGCAGCCGGGAGUUAUGAUUCCACAUGUCCAGCCAACAGCUGCCGCUGCCUCUACAAGUCCGUACAUUGAUUACACUGGAGCCGCCUACGCACAGUACUCUGCCGCUGCGGCCGCUGCUGCAGCUGCCUAUGAUCAUUACCCAUAUGCUGCCUCCCCAGCUGCAACCAGAUAUGUUACCACUGCUGGUUAUGGCUAUGCAGUUCAGCAGCCACUUGCCUCUGCAGCACCUGGAACUGCUGCUGCAGCAGCUGCGGCCUUUGGCCAAUACCAGCCACAGCAGCUGCAGGCUGACCGCAUGCCGUAAUGCUUAA